GCUGUCCGGCGCCGCUGAUCUCCCCCUCCACGCUCUCCUCGUCUGCCGUCGUCGUCCUCGUCGUCGUUAUCUCUCCGGCCAUCCCUCCUCCCCGCCCAACACCGGCGUUUGUCGGCCACGCGCAGAUCGUCUCCGUGCCGCGGUGACACUGCCCUGCCCUGGGGUUGGCUCCGUGGGACGCCAAGGCAGUGGGUGUGCACGCAAGGUGAUGAAUCGUGGGUUCGUUAUUUUGAACCUGAGACAAAGCGUCAAUGGAGUGGCGUCUUAAAGGAUCUCCAGCCAAGAAGGGACUCGAGGCACAACCUUCUGCUGAAAAAGUCAUGCACAUUGCUCGUGGUGACGUCUGAACUCUUUGUCGGCCUCUGGCUCUGCAAGUCGUGGGGGUCCUGAUUGCGAGUCCAGCCUGAGAAAGUCUUUCCACCAAAGGAGUCCCAGCGCUGUUUGCGCACAGACAAAGCCGGCCACUCCGCUCACGACGGAGCAGGCGGGGGACCGCAAGCCGCCCCCCUCCACGGCCCUGUGGGGGGCCGAGGGAGGGGGUGCCGGGGAUCCCGCGGAUUCCGGGGAGGCCGUUGCGGGUGGUGGUGGCGGCGUGGCGGCAGGACUGGCGCCCAGCCCCCAGAGCGAGGCCGUCACCAGCGAAUUCCGCGAGCUCUCGCUCACACCUGCCCGCAGGAUGAUGAUGACGCUCAACGAGCGCCGCAACGAGCCGGAUAGAAAACAUCAGGAAACAAUACCGCAUCGUUUGAUCGAAAUCAACAAAGGUGGAGGGCACCGUUGGCAGAUGAACAAAUUUGUGGAUAAGAGGCGUUGUCAUCCCAUUGUCCACGUUUAUUCUGCCCAAGUCCACCUCUCCCUUGAAAAGGCCUGGCAAGCAAGCAAAAGCACAGGAUUACGGAACAUGCUGCAGCUGAAGCUCCAGCAGCGCAGGACUCGCGAGCAGCUCGUGGACCAGGGCAUCAUGCCGCCGUUGAAGAGUCCGGCUGCAUUCCACGAGCAGCGGAAAAGCCUGGAGCGCGCAAGGACCGAGGACUACCUAAAGCACAAAAUCCGAAGCAGGCCGGAGCGUGCCGAGCUGGUGAAGAUGCACAUCCUGGAAGAUACCUCGGCCGAGCCUUCACUGCAGGCCACGCAGAUGAAGCUCAAGCGAGCGCGGCUCGCCGACGAUCUCAACGAGAAGAUCGCCCAGCGCCCGGGGCCCAUGGAGCUGGUGGAAAAGAACAUCCUCCCAGUGGACUCAACCCUCAAGGAGGCCAUCAAAGUCGGUCAGGUGCAGUACCCAAAGACGUCGGACAUCUUCUCGUACGCCGACGACGACAGCAGCGACGCGCCGUCCCCGGAGCAGCCGGCCUCGCAGGAGUCGCAAGCGUCUUCGGUGCCUUCCCCUCCGGAGCUCAAGCUCCCCGAGUCGCUGUCGCCCGUCGCCUCCGCGACCAUACAAUACCUGCCACUGCUGCCAAGCUCAGUGGAGACAUCAAAGCCCCCGGCCGCUGUCAUGGCACCACAGCAGCUGCCGCCGCCGCCGCCGCCGCCUCCGCCUCCACCUCCACCUCCGCUUCCUCCACCUGUACCCCAGCCAACAGUCAACCACAACCAGUCGUCCCCUGGGCAGAUGACCACUCCGAGCAAGUCCAUGCCCACGCUCAUUAAAAACCAGGGCAAGCCAGGCUCUGACAGCAAGAGCCGCAAAAAGUCCAAAGAUCCCAAGCCGAAGGUUCGCAAGCUCAAGUACCAUCAGUACAUCCCACCCGACCAGAAGCUGGAGAAGGCAGCGCCCCCCAUGGACGUGGCGUACUCUCGCUUGCUGCAGCAACAGCAGCUCUUCUUACAGCUGCAGAUCAUGAGCCACCAGCAGCAGCAGCACUACAACUAUCAAGCCAUCCUGCCCGCCCCGCCAAAGUGUGACGCGAUGAUGAACGGUUGCACGCUAGAGCAGAGAGGGCUGGGCAGCAGCAUGAGCGGCUCCAUUUCCUCGCUGUCAUCGAUGCCGUCCCUCUCGUCGGCUCCUCCUCGUCACACGCCCAGCCCGGCGCCGUCUCAGCCGGCAAAACCCGGCCUUCUGCCAUCCAACCUGGAAGAACUCAAGGUGUCGGAGCUACGGCAGGAGCUGAAAUCCCGAGGGCUGCCCGUUUCUGGCACCAAGCCUACGCUGGUGGAGCGCUUGAGGCCCUUCCAGGACCCGAACUACAUCGCUCCGUCCACGUCUGGCUCGUCCGGCAUCCCCGCAGUCGUGACGCUGUCCAGCAUGGCAGGGGACGGCCUCUCGCAGUGCUUCCUCAGCAGCGCCACCGUCGCCACCUCCCCUGCGACCAACAGCAGCCGCAGUGGCCUCAGUGGCAGCAGCAGUGGCGGCAGUGCCGGCUUCUCGCCAGAGCUAAUGGGUGCGGGGGGGAAUUACUGCGGUGGCAGCGGAAGCACGCCACCCAUCUCUCCGGCCGUCUCCGAGCAGAGCCUGAUGAGCACGGACUUCGGCAGCUUUGCAGACCCUUUCUCCGACUACCCAAUGUCUCCGCAGGCGGCAAACAGCAUGGCCUCGUCGCUGCAUCUGUGCUCUCCACCUCUGAUCGCCAAGACUGAAAUGGAUGAAGAUGGCGGCGCGAUGACUGCCAGUGGUUUUGGCGGUGGGGAAAAGGAAGGAGGAGGGGGGCAGGCCAUCGCCUCCAGCAAUGCAUCCAUCUUAGCUUCUGCUGUCAAGGUGGACGUGGAUGAAAAGGACAAGAUGCUGCUGGAAAAGCAGCGCAAGAUCGAAGAGCUGACGCGGAUGAUAGAGCAGGAGCAGCGGCAGCUAGAGGAGAUCCGCAUGCAGAUUGAGCGGGAGAAACAUACUACUCAGCCCAGCUCCGCUGCACCCGGCUCGGCCUCACAUAAUUUUUGUGAUGGUGGUCACAACACUAACUCCUCCACAAAGCAUCUUGAUACAGCUGGGCUCCAGGGUCAUGGAUGUGCCACGGCAAAACAACAGCUAUCGCACAUCGCUGCACCCCCGAUGAUUCACCUGCAGCCUCAACAGUCCAGUCCCGGAAAGGGGCAGCAGCAGCAGCAACAACAACAACAACAGCAUCAGCAGCAUCAGCAGCAGCAUCAGCAGCAGCAUCAGAAGCAGCAGCAGCAGAUUUUUGCGAUAAAACAAGAGGCACCAUUUAUGAGCUGCGCGCAGUUUGGAUCGUGCAGCAAUGGGCAGCAGUUGACUCACAGUCACAGUGACUCCGCCCUCUCUUCUUCACCCAAAAAUAUGCUGCUGAGCCACACGGCCCCUCCGUACAAAGCUCUGGAGAUGCUGCAGCACAACCAGAUUCAGAGCGGCCACAUGCAGCGCAGCCAGGUGCACGGCAGCCCCCAGCACGGCCCGGCGGGGCUGUCCCUCGGAAUGGCCGGCGCCGCCCAGGCGAGCGGCGACUCCUCCCCGUCCCACACGACGCAGCAGAGGGAGCUCACGGCCUCCCCGUCCAAGCCUUGCAUGUUGACUGCUGGUGAAGUUCAUGUGCAGCAGAUGGCCGAUGGCUUCACGCACGGCCACAUGGCAGGACAAGCCCAGGGCCAUCCUGGAGCAGCUGGCACACAGGGCAUGGCUCACAAGGCAGCCAGCCCACAGGACGGACUGCUCUUCCACUCCCCCUCCAGUCGCCAGCACCAGUCCAAGGUCCUAAAGCACACUCUGCCCAUGUUCACACCAACCUCCAUGGCGGGCUCACUCUUCUCAUGCCCAACUGCGCCGCCUUCCCUGCAGCCGUUCUUUACCGUGGAUGGAAAACGGCCGGGCUGCCUGGCGAAUGGGACAAUGUCGGCAAAGUCGAUCUCGGUGCCGGAUUCGCUGCACCAAGCCGGCUUCCACAUGCACCACGACCACAUGUUCUCUCCGAUGGCGCCGACCACGGCUUCGAAACACCGGCAGCCUCCGUCGUACGCGGACGCGGUUCUUCAGGCCAAGAACCAGCAUCACCAGCAGCAUAGCUCUAGGAGUCAGCAGAUGGAUGAAGUUUUGGACCUCCUCAUUGAGAAUGGAGAGAUGCCAGCUCAUGCCAAGGAAGAUCCUCCUCCCACUCCAAAGUUAGGCUCCUCCGGGACAUCGAUUUCGGCCAUGAGUAUCGCAAAUUGCUCCCAGUCACCGUCCGAGCACAACACUCACCACACGCACGGCGCCACCAGCGCCAGCAGAGACAGAGACCGAGAGAGCGACAAGCAACUGGAGGACCUCCUGUCGCAGCCCGACACGUCCUCCAGCCUCUUCAAGAUGGACUCGGACGGGGAACUCGACCCCUUUCCCAUGCUGGAGGACUUCCCGUCUGCAGACGCCACCACGGGGGGCCUGGGCCCGCCCACGGGCAUCCUCGAGUCGCUGGACACGCCGCUGUCACCCAUGGACACGGGCCACGCCGUGCUGUCGCUGGGCGAGGAAGGGCUGGACAUGGAGUGGGCCGAGCUGACCAUGCCGGACUCCAACUCAGGUCUUACCCCGCUAGGAGUCAAUUCGCCCAGCCUCUUUUCUACAGACUUCUUGGAUAGCGCAGACCUAAGCCUGAAUACGCCAUCCGACUUAAUAUUCUGAAGGUCGCCCACAGCCCACACCCAAAUUUAAGCAUUUUUGAUGGUAGGGCUCUUGAACUUUGGUCGAAAACUGCACACGUAGCUCUAAAGCCAAGCGCAAUCAACUCAUUCAUUCGUAAGUGCUGAGAAAUCAUUGGUGUUGUCUGCAACUCCACAGACAUCAGUCCUGUGCCUGCUACUGCUGCUGCUGCUGCUGCAUGUGUUCACUGCGAUGAUGGAAAGCGGCCAUGGUAUCUAUGACCGCUAUUCGUGAUGCAUGCCUCUAGCUCUGCAGCCCGGCCCGCUGCGAUAGAGACCACACGUCGCUCCCUCGGGGUAAACAAAAUUUGCAUCACGCACACUUCCAGUUUCUAUUGUUAUGUACAUAUUAACCAAAUAUACUCGAUUUCAACAACUGCAUUUUUUUUACAUUAUGUAUUGAAUGUUAAGAUAUACUUAUUAAAAUAUUUACCGAUUUAAUUCAUCAAUGUCUAUGGACAGGGUAAAGGACAAAGUUCAAUCAGUGAUGAUUAUGAUGGUGGUGGUGGUGGUGGGAAAUGUAAAAGUGUAGAGCUGGGCAUGGAGGGGGGCAUUAGUUAUUGUUUCUUUUAAGUUGCUUACCGCGCAAUUUAGUUUCGUGCUGUUCAUUAAAAGAAUGCCAUAGGUACCGAACAAUUUGGCUGUAGACACGUUGUUUCGCUCGGUGUUGGGACUGCUCAGGAUUGUGUCAUUUUUAAAGCAGUCUCCUUGCUUCAUGAGCUGGUGGGGGCUGCUGUGAGCAGCUCUCUCCGCCUCCAGCUCCCACUUGUGAAGGCAACGCUGAAUGUAGUUUCCCAGAACCCAUCUCACCCCGUUAGAGAAGAAGUUGCUGCGUCGGUGAACUCGAGCUCCUUGUGAACAGCCUCGGUGGAACUGCAAUGCCGUGGGAUCUUUCACUUCAUCGUCACCCGGUAGCGCCUCAUUGCAGUCGACGUAAAUCCACCGAAACACCAAAAGUGCAGAAACUAUGUUUCGUUGAAACGCCGCAGAUGUUGUAAUAAAUCUGGCUGAAGCAAGGAGUUGUAUUUAAAUUAAGAUCCGCUUUUGAUAUACUUCAAACAAAUUAAUACGCUGUGGUAAUGUUAAGCAUUCAUGAGAUACUACCAUGCUGUAAUCGUUAGUACAGCUGUACUUGCAAAACCAAGUUGAAUGUCAAGGGAUUUGUGUGCAGGCUUUUGGCGACCCUGCUGAGACCACAAACUAAAUCUUGAGAGCAUGCUUUAAUCACGUGAGGUUGAAAACUGGAUUCAACACCUGUGGUGCAAACUCAGUGCUCUGACCUCUGAACCAUGAGGGUGACCUCCUGCUAAGCAUUACUUUCUGGAUAUCAAUAUUGACUGGUGCUUGCUUCAUAAAGGACCACACCCAUUGGUGGAGCUGGACAUGUAAUAAUAUGCGUUGAUCUGUCUGUACAAGUGUUGGUUUCCUUACUGAUGAAUAGAGCAGUUUUGUAUUGAUGAGCGCUUCACGGAGAGACUGGACGGCAUAUUUCAGACUUCUACUUUAACGAGCACACUGUCACAGUGUGCUGCGAAAUCAUCACACCGCGUAAAUCACGUUUCUUCGCCUUUCAUCCCAUUGCCGUCACGAGCUCACGAGUGAUUUUUAUUUUUUGAACCUUGUAACUGGAUUUGUAAGACGUUGACAACGGAGUAAUAGGUGUAGGAAAGUGCUGUACGUUUUGUUUUUUGUUCAAUUAAUUUGUUAGAGAUAUACUUUAGAACACUCAGUAAAUGUACAGAAUGAUAAAAAAAAUCUUUUUUUUUAUUAUAUAUAUUUGUAUUGCAUUAAAUAUGCCAUCUUGGUUUCAUGUAGUUGCUGGUAGUGAUAAUAUUGUGCAGCUGGUUAGCUUGGCACACUGUUUAGUGGAUCCCCCCCCCCCCCCCCCAUCUGCAGGACAUUUUUUAAAAGAACAUAUAUUAACCUGGGUAUUUGGAAAACACUUUUUUCUUUAGGUUACAUCUCGAUAGAUAUGUCAAUGCCUUGGCCCUGUGUUUAGAGAGAUGUAUGUACAAUCGGGCUGCUGCUGUUUAGAGUCGGUGUUUAUUGGUCCGUAGGCUUUGCAACACCAUCGUACACUUGAGAGCCAGUCGCUUACAUCAUCAUCGUGUUCUUCAGGGUCCAACGUGCAGUGCACCUUUUUUUGUCGUAGCCAAAUGCUAUAGUAAUGUUGGAGGGGGGAGAAAAAACAUGCAGAACUACGCUCCCUUCCAACAGACACUGCCAUAAUUGCACUUUCACAUGCCGCUGCUGUAACACGAUUGGUCCAAACAAUGCCCCCAGGGUCAAGCGGAAAACGCGUUGCAUCCAAUCGGUGGCGCGAAGAGAGUACGAAUGGGGAAGAGAGGAGUAUUCAUGGCGGUGCUGGCAGCAGUCACACCACGAUUGCUGUUUCUCCCAAAGUUCAGGGGUGAAAUUAGUUCCUAGGAUGGUCAGUGUAGGCCCAGAAUUUUACAUUGGUCAGAGUCGCUUGCUUUCGUGUUGCUUUCAGUUUAUUUGUGUAAUUCCUACCCCGUAGGUAUAUUAGUAAUGCUUGUAGUUGAUAAAGGAACGUGUUUAUACGAUGCAGAAUGGGUUCAAAACGCCCAAUUACAUAUUUCUUCUCAUUUGCGGCUUGAGUUAUGUAUAUUUUUUGUCUCCAAGGCGUACAGUAUCAAUGUUUUUUUUGUUUCACAUUAAACUGGAGUGGAAAAGCCUCAAACACGAUGCGACUCUAGCAAUCUACCAGGACAAGCGGCAUUCUCUGUUUAAACUUGCUGCAAGUUAUAACUUGAGCUCUUUACCGCAUACUUUACAAAGAAUGUGAUGAUUCUAUUGGAACCUCCUGCAUUCUGUGCUGGGCUCCGGGCCAGCCAACCCAGAGGGCAGUGGAACGUCAAAUAACCAUCGCGGUCCACGUGGAGUGUACCGGUUUGAAUAUCUUAAGAUCUCUGCUGCUCAGAUCCUACAUCUUAGUACUUUUGUGAUGGAUAAAAUGCAAGACCAUUAUUUGAGCAUCAUUUAUCCUUUUCCUGUUGAGCAGCUGUAUUUUCCCAUGUCUGAUGGGUUUGGCAAAGUCACGAUUCAUUUAAUUAAAUUAGAUGAGAUGUGGUUUCUGGACACAGCUUAAAAUUAAUGGCAAUAGUAGAAUGGUUAUGAGCACGACAGUAUUUGAAGGUGUUGGUAAUAUAAUUAGCGUUAGCUUGCACUUUGAAGGAAAAACAGGUAGCCUGUAUGCUCUGGUGAUUGGUGGAAAAUAUCUCGUGAUGAGGGUUAGAUAUGCACAUAUUGGGUGGCAGUGUAUGUAUGUUGAACUUCUUUCGCACCGUACAUAGCCAGCCGUGUUAAUCGGAAGAGCGGGGGAAGGACAACAAACUAAACACAAAAACCAGCUCUACAGAAAUGAGUUUUCCCAUCGACAUUUAAAAUUCCAUAGCUCCGGUGGCUUCUCUAAAAUGGCACAUUAUGAAAAACUGAAUUGUUGGCUUGCAGAGUGUCGAAUCAUUACCCCUCGCUUGUGGGUUGAUGUCCCUCAAGCACGGUACGUGGGGAACGUACAAUUUACCUGCCUUGUGCCCUUCAGUGACGACAUGCCUCGCGUUUGACGAACUAAAUUGUUCCCCAUCCUUGGCAAAUGAAUGUUCGAUUCCAGCUUUAAACAGCCACGAAUAACCCUGUGGUGGCACCCUGUGUUACAGCACUGUUUGUAUUGUAAUCCCACCCAAUUACAAUAAGUAUUAAUCACUUAUUUGUCUGCAUCAAGCCAUAAUAGACUCAAAAGCAUGUUCUCCGGUAUGACGCAUUAUUUACCAACAGCAUGUGGACAGAACAGGGAGCUCAAUCUCUCAGAAAGUAUUGCUGACAAUUAAUCAGUUGUCAAUCUGUGGCAUCGUUGCAUUGGGAUUAUUAUGCAUGUUUACAGAGCGUAAAUUUAAUUAACCCGUUUAGAAUAGCUGAGCACAAAAGCAUGAGUUUAGUCAUCACGAUGGGAUGAGUUGAACGGGCCUCCGUCUCCCUUCAGCACUCUGGAACCACAACUGAGUUCUGGCCAUGCACAACAUCAUGACCCAUGACCCCACGACGUGGAAUCUCUGUCCGAAGCUUUCAAAGCUCGUACAGGUGUUUAACGAGUAACACAAAGAAUGUAACAGUUAAAGGCUCAAACGCGUAAUAAUGCAACCGCCGAAUAUAACCGUACAAACAUCCCCUGACCGAGCAGAGGUGAAGGGAGUGUGGAAGCGGGUGCCGCACACCGGCUGCUCGAGCAACCCAGCUCAACGUAAACACUCGCGCGUCUCGCGGUCUACAGAACAACUGCGGACGCGCUCCCUUACAUCUCGAACCCCCCCCCCCACCCAAGGAGGUGGGUCCAAAAUUAAAGUUUCAAGAAACUGCUUCAAGCAAAGCAAGGGGUUAUUCUUUGGUUCUUUCGGUAAA